CAAAUCUUAGUACUUUCCAAAUCUGUAAGUAUUUCCUUUCCCAAAUCACAAACCCCAUAUCUUUCUAUACCCAAAAUCUUUCCUUACUACCUAAUAUCUACUCUCUCUCUCUCUCUCUCUCUCUCUCUCUCUCUCUAUAUAUAUAUAUAUAUACCCAAAGCUCCAUACGACUUCACUUCUCACUCUAAAACCUCCCACUCUCUCUGAAUCUGAAGUUUCUGGGAUUGCUCUCACACAAGAAAGAAGGUGUUUGGGCAAUAUUGUUCGGCAUGGACAGGGACAGCAUACAACUGAGUGAAAUAUUUCAUGAAUUGUGGCAGAACUAUCCCCACUAUUUUCUCCCUGACACAAGGGUCCAAGAUUCUCGAUCUCGACAUCAUGAUGGUAUCAGAGCAACCAAUCACAACUUUCACCAUAUGCCAAAUAAUGACCAUAUAUCUAUACCCAAUGAGCCUCAUUACUAUAAUGUGCACAAUGCUCGACCUAUUUCAAAUCUUUUGGGCGGUGCAGAUGCUUCCAACUUCUACAACCAUCGCUUCAUUCCCUCAUCUAAUAGCACAUCACAUUAUGGUCCACAAAGUCAUGGUCACCAUUUAGUUCAAGAAAGCUAUAUAGAUUUCCACUUCCAACCAGCCACACACUACUCAGUGGAACUACAUGUUGUGUACCCUGAAACUGCAUCUUUUUCACAUUGGAAUAAUUACGAAUUGGAUCCACAUCAACCACUGCCUCAUAUGCAAGCAAUGAGAGGAAACAAUUUGGACCUCCAACCUCAAGUACCAUCAUCUUCAAACAGGCAUCAAAUGAACAACAACCCACGACAACAUAACUCUUCAAAUUCUUCCAGGGGUAGUCAUGAUGAUGGGUAUAGAAACUUUGGACCCUCAACGCGCCAGGACAAUUCAAUUGUCACCUUUGACCGCUUUGCAAUUCAAUUAGUUGAUGGUGUGAUAUUACUAGAGGGUGUCGCUGAUUCAGAUGUCUCCAACAUGAGGUUGGAGGGUGAAGAAGACAUGUCAUAUGAGGAGCUACUUGAUCUUGAAGAACAAAUGGGUCACAUUAACACCGGUUUGUCUGAGGAAACAAUCAUAAGGAAUCUGAAGGUGAGAACACAUAUUUCAUCUGUAAGACAAUUAAAUUUAAAUAAAGUCCCAAGCUUGGAUCAAGAACCUGAAAUCUGCGCUAUAUGUCAGGGUGAGUAUGAAAACUAUGACACAAUUGGGAGUCUGGACUGUAGACAUGAUUACCAUGCUGUCUGCAUAAAGAAGUGGCUGCAGGAAAAGAAUAUUUGCCCUCUCUGCAAAUCUACAGCUUUGACGAUAAAGAGCUAGAAAUUUUAGACAAGUGAAUGUUGGAGAUGCGCUUUCAUUACCUUCAUUUAUUUUAGUAAUCCAUAUGUUCCAAAGAGAUCAUUUAUUUUAUAAUCUUUGUGCUUUGCUCAA